AUGGAUGACUUAUUCUCGGACCUCUCCUCUAUCAGUGACUGCGACGAGGAGUGUCUUCUAAACAUUUCCACUAAAAACUCCAAAUGUUUUUUUAUUAUAUCAACUCAACCGGAAAUUGUGUUAGAGAUUCCACCGGCUUAUGAGCUGGAAGAGGUUGAUGUGAGGAAACAAAAAACAUUGGAAGAGAAGAAUUGUGAGACAGAUUCAAGAGGAGAUCAAACCUAUGACAAGUGGGUGCAAACUGAGUUUAUUGAGAUGGAGUCGUUCUCCUGCCUCGCGGACCUCCCACCUACCUAUCGAGAAGCGACCUACACGGAAAGUGCUCUGGAGCGUGUGCUCCGUCACAUGAGUGCACAUUUACACCGGAUACAAUUGCAACAGUGGCUUGCUGACCAGCCACAAAGGAACGCCUCGUUUCAUAUUAAGCCGGUGCAGACGAAGACGAUUUUUGAGGCGGUUUAUAAUAGGGAGAGGUUAUUGACUUAA